UUUUUUUGCUCAAUACAAGCCAUUUUGACCAGAUUUCGGAAUAUUAGGCUUAUUUCUUGCAGGGCAUUUUUUGCAGUGGACACAUUAUAAAGACAUUUUCCUUGUUUUGCACCACAGCAGUUCUAACAGGAGUAAUUGAACGUAACCUUCACACAUAGAGCUGCUUAGCAUGUGCAUCCAGCAGGCUGAUAGUGUAAGGCUACAUGUACUCACGCUUGACUGUCACAUAGUCUUAAUUAGCACUAAUCUGUAAUCUGAAUAACAAAGACGAUGCUGCCUGCUACUCAGUACAGUCCUGCUGGGUUUCCUCCUCUCACACUGCCUUUUAUCUUUCACUCUUUUGUAUGUAUUUAUUUUGUUGUUGUCGUCUGUUUUUGCACAAUUUGCUGGACAAACUUUUGAAUGUAAAGCAAGCGUCUGACCUGCCACCUGUGCAGAAAUCAAGACAUAGAAUAGAUCCAGACGCUAUCCCCAGCCCAAUCCAAGUUAUAGAGGACGACAAGGCAAAGUGCAAUGAGCCAUUCACCACAGGGGUCAGAGGUCAAGCUCCGCCCCUUGUCACCACCAACUUCCAGGUCAAAGACCAAGGGAACGCCAGUCCCAGGUUCAUCCGCUGUACGGCCUAUAACAUGCCUUGCACAGCCGAUAUGGCCAAGCAGUCUCAGGUGCCCCUGGCCGCCGUCAUCAAGCCCCUCGCCACCCUGCCCCCAGACGAGACCCCUCCAUACCUGGUGGACCACGGCGAGACCGGUCCGAUCCGCUGCAACCGCUGCAAGGCCUACAUGUGUCCCUACAUGCAGUUCAUCGAGGGAGGACGUCGGUUCCAGUGUGGGUUUUGCAGCUGCGUCACAGAGGUGCCUCCACAUUACUUCCAGCAUCUGGACCACACUGGGAAGAGGGUGGACUGCUACGACCGGCCGGAGCUUUCUCUGGGCAGCUACGAGUUUCUGGCCACGGUCGACUACUGUAAGAACAACAAGCUUCCUCAGCCUCCAGCCUUCAUCUUCCUCAUCGAUGUGUCCUACAACGCUGUGAAGAGCGGUAUGGUCAGCAUCGUCUGCCAGGAACUCAAGACCCUGCUGGACUAUCUGCCCAGGGAGAACCCGGACAUGGACUCUGUGGUGCGGGUCGGCUUCGUCACCUACAACAAGGUUUUGCACUUCUACAACGUCAAAGGCAGCCUGGCCCAGCCCCAGAUGCUGGUGGUGUCAGACGUAUCGGACAUGUUCGUGCCUCUGCUGGACGGGUUCCUGGUCAACGUCAACGACAGUCGUCUGGUCAUAGAGAGUUUGUUGGACCAGAUACCAGAGAUGUUUGCAGACACGAGGGAGACGGAGACAGUCUUUGGACCCGUCAUUCAGGCAGGACUGGAGGCGCUAAAGGCUGCAGACUGUGCAGGGAAGCUCUUUGUCUUUCACACAUCUUUACCCAUCGCCGAGGCGCCUGGAAAACUGAAAAACAGAGAGGAUAAGAAGCUGAUCGGCACAGACAAGGAGAAGUCCCUGUUUCAGCCUCAGGCCAGUUUCUACAACAGUCUGGCAAAGGACUGUGUGGCCCAGGGCUGCUGUGUGGACCUGUUCCUGUUCCCCAACCAGUACGUAGACGUCGCCACAUUAGGGGUGGUCCCCGUCUCCACUGGGGGGUCCGUCUACAAAUAUACAUACUUUCAGGCUCAGUCUGACCAGGAGCGCUUCUUAAACGAUCUCAGGCGAGACAUUCAGAAACCGGUCGGGUUUGACGCAGUCAUGAGGGUUCGCACAAGCACAGGAAUCCGGGCGACAGACUUCUUUGGCUCCUUCUUCAUGAGUAACACUACGGACGUGGAGCUGGCGGGUCUGGACUGCGACAAGGCCAUCACUGUGGAGUUCAAGCACGACGACAAACUCAGCGAAGAGACGGGGGCGCUGAUGCAGUGCGCGGUGCUGUACACCAGCUGCAGCGGCCAGAGGCGUCUCCGCAUCCACAACAUGGCUGUCAACUGCUGCUCUCAGCUGGCCGACCUCUACCGCAACUGUGAGACCGACACAAUCAUCAACUUCUUCUCCAAAUACGCUUUCCGUGGCAUCCUGAACAACCCCACGAAGGCGGUCAGAGACACUCUGGUCAACCAGUGCGCUCAGAUUCUGGCCUGUUACCGCAAGAACUGUGCCAGCCCUUCAUCAGCCGGUCAGCUCAUCCUCCCUGAGUGCAUGAAGCUGUUACCGGUCUACCUGAACUGCGUGCUGAAGAGCGACGUGCUCCUGCCUGGCGCCGACGUCUCAUUGGACGACCGGGCGUACCUGAGACAACUGAUCAGCUGCAUGGACGUGGCAGAGACCCACGUCUUCUUCUACCCCCGUCUGCUGCCGCUGACCAAGUUGGAAAGCGGUUCGUUGCCGGUGGCCGUGAGAGACUCGGAGGAGCGGCUGUCGAAAGGCGGAGUCUAUCUCCUGGAGACGGGGCUCCACCUCUUCCUGUGGGUGGGCGCCAGCGCUCAGCAGGAGCUGCUGCUCAAUAUCUUCGGGACGCAGAGCUUUAGCCAGAUCGACCCGGCAACGACCAGUUUACCAGUGUUGGAGAACCCGUUCUCACAGAGACUUAGAGAAAUCAUCGAGUCCUUCAGAGCACAGCGUUCACGAUACAUGAAGCUGAUGGUGGUGAAGCAGGAGGACAGAGCCGAGCUGAUAUUCAGACACUUCCUGGUGGAGGAUAAGAGCGCCAGCGGGGGGGCGUCGUACGUCGACUUCCUGUGUCACAUGCACAAGGAGAUCCGCCAGCUCCUGAGCUAGGCCCCCCCGAAAAACACACCCGUAUGACCCCGCCCACCCCUCCCUCACCGCCCGGUCACCUUUCACCCAUUUUCUCGUGGAAGAAAGCGCUUUAUCUUUUUGUUUUUGUUAAUUUUUUUUUUCCUUUGUUUUUUUUUUUUUUUUUUUUAACCUGAUAAACUAAAGCUCUGUUCGCCGUCGGUCGAGGCCACGGACGCGGUCGUCGUCAUUUGUCGUCGUCGUGUGAAUGCGCGAGAGAAUCUGCCUCCAACCCGCUGCUUGGACACGGCACCGGCGGAAUAACUGACGAGGGAGGGUGGUGUAUAUAUACAAGUGUGUGUGUGUGUGUGUGUGUGUGUGUGUGAAUGUGGGAGGUGUGUGUGUGUUCUGUCUGUAUUAGCACUGAAAGGCUGGUUAGGGUGAAUAAACAACCCU